AUGGCAUUUGAUGGUAUCCCAGACCAUCCGCAACUUCGUGUGCUACUGCGUAUGGAGAACACCGAGAAGAGUCUGAGGUUUGGCUUUACUUCCAGAGGGGUCAGGAGUGAGGGUGUUGUCAGCAGUGGCUUCAUAGGCACUUUACAGGAGAAGGUUUGGGACAGGCGCUUUAAUGGGGAUGUUGCCACGAAGUGUUCAAACCUCUGUUUCAUGAAGCUUUCGGCUCCCAUUCGGGACGCCAGCUCUUCGACCAUGGUGAGUGUGGCCAUCGGGGCAGGGCUGGGUGCCCUCGCUGGCGGCAUCGCUGCGAGGGCCGCUGAUUCCGGGACACUCGAUCAGCCCAAAGUGGCAUCGGGAGAGGUUCAUGAGGACCGGCUGCACAACCUUAUGCUCCAACUGGGCCACAGCCGCCUGCACGUAUUCCAGCUGGAAAACCGAGUGCUGGCCGAGAGCUACCGGAAGGUGGCCGCGGGCCUUGUUUCAAACUCUGCCCCCGGUCAUCAUGGCAGCCUAGUGGAGCCACCUGCGACGACGUCCGGCAACAUACAACGUGGCACUUCUGUGCCUGCCGAUUCCUCCAGAGCACCUGAUCGGCUGCACGGUGUUUUGCUCCUGCUGCUCCAGCUGGAGCGGGGCCGCCGGCAUGUCUCCCAGCUUGAAAACCAGGUGCUGGCAGAGAGUCAUCGAACAAUCUCGGAGCUGCGAGCACGGAUCAAGUCGGUUGAAGGCGGGCUGUUGCAGAGCCGUGGAGCGCUCACGGCUUCUCUUUGCACACAGGGAGAGGAGCCCGUGCCCACCAAGCCUGCAGGCCCGGACGACCCGGAAGUGCAACUGCCUAUCCGGCCUAUCCAAAGCAGGAAGAAGAGAGGCAAUCACGAAGCGAACACCCAAAAUCGGAUGCCUGAAAGCUUGGAUUCAACGGACACUGCUUCUAUGGGAUGGACCCAGCUGAAGCAGGAUAAGCAGUUGGCAGAGCGGAUUCAGCAGGCCGUAACUGCCUACCUACUCAGUCCAGAACAGCCCAUUACGGAAGAUUUCCUUGACAGCGACGGUCAGGAGGAGACGGACGAGGAGGACGGGCAGAGAGAUCCUCUCAACCUGCCAUUUGUAUCAAAAGAUGCAGAAUACGCUGUGAUGCCUGAUCCAGAAGAUCCCGUUGUUCCUCUUGAAGCAACAUCUGAUGAGCCGGGGAAACGCAAGUAUAAGAAUCGCACACGCCAGAUCAUGAUUGGCAAGGCAAGGCCUGAAUACCUGCGUUAUCGUGAGCAGGUGCCGUUUGAAUGCCGUGGGCCAAUGCACCCGCGAACCCCGAGCGCAAUGGACAAAUGCUCCAAGCGCGACUUCGAUCACAAACUGUCCCAUUGGCGCCGUCAACUCCACUACUGGCUUGAUGAUGCUGCAGCCUUUAGAUUAGGGGCCACAUGA